ACGGACGGGGGAAGGGUGCCUUAAACCAGGUCAUGGAGGUCACGACUCCCGCGAAAAAGGGACGCCAUCAACCGAAGAAGCAGAGGAAGGUCGUCCAAGGCGGGGCCGCAGGUAGUACGUGAGACGUUAAUGAGGAGGUGGUGGAGGAGCACGAGAUGAUGCACGAGGACGACGACUUUGAAGAGGAAGAGGAACAACCGCUGAAGAGGAAGCCGAGGGCGAGUUCCGCGGGGGGGAUAAAAAUCAACGAAGGGGGGGACGGGACACCUUCCGCACGACGUGGCGGUGGGGGUGUCGCGGGUGGACACGCCGACUUUGUCGACGAUGAACGCGAUGUGCCAAGGAGGGAGAUCGGUGGGCGUGUGAAGGAAGGGGUCGCCUCGCAUGAAUCUACGCAACGCGCGCAAAUGCCCUCGAAACGCCUCAAUACCCCGCCUGUAGACGUGGCGGGUAGUUCCCAAUCGACGGUCCAAGGUGGGGCGUUGCAAUCUCCUUCGGUGGUGUCGCACAACGGCGCUGUUACGGCGGCGGGGGAGGCACGGGAAAUUCCGAAGGCAGGGGAUGGUGGGGUGGUUGCAGAAGACGACGAGGCUCUGGUGCACAGGCUGCAUGGGGCACGUGCGGCGUCACAUGCAAUGGAUGCUGCCACCAAACUUUGGGAGGACGACACACGAUUCUGGAACGAGACGCAGGGGAGCGCCAUACUGAAGAUCAUCCAAGAAGCGUGCGCGUAUCUCGUGGCAUUGGCGCGGGGAGUGCAGCCUCCGGCUAUUCGACGGAGCAUCUCCCUUCCACACAACACCAUCCCCCAGCACAAAAUCGAGUAUGAAUCAAAGUUCAAUGCGGCGAAAGAGAGGGCGUUGAAGGUGCAGACAAUCUCGCUGAGGGCGAUCCACGGUUGGGUCUUCAAGUCCGAGAGUGGACGAAGGGGGUAUCACUUGGCGUACCAGUACGCCUUGAAUCACUCAACCACUGACAUUGCUAGAGUGAUGUGGUCAGCAGAGGACUGGCGCACUUUGGUCAGCCCGAUGUUAUAUGAAGUUGCCUUUGUGGUUCGUCGGUGCGAACAUAGUGGACAGGUACGAGGACGACGAGUGUGUGGCUUACCAAGAGGCUUGUGUUCAGCGUCUGGUGCGGGAUUUUACGAGCGCAGUGGGCACGGUCGAAGCGAUCGACGGCGGUCGUGUAUCGUACGAGCGUCUUAAGGCCAUGGCAGAGGCGAUGAGGUACUUGCUGGCCGCAACAAUGUGGAUAAUGUGAAUGGCAGGGGACGAUCCAAGAUCUCAUUACGACGC